AUGGAGUCGCUACGGAUGGCCUGCGAGAAGGAGAUUCCGAUUCUGCAGCAGAACAUGGAUACCUUCACGGCCUCGUUUCAGGGCGACCUGGCUUCGAUCAGCGCCACAGUGCAAGAAACCCUCCGAUACCAAGGUAAAGUAGGAGAGGCUAAAGCUAAGUUGAGGGAAGCUGAGGAUGACUUGUUUAAAGCCCUAGCAGUGAAGACACGUAAAGAGGCUAAGCGGAUGGCAUUGAUGGACGCCAUUGCUGCUAGGAAAGCUAGGAUUGAAGAAAUUAAAAGAACAGUGCAAGAUCGAAGGGAUACGAGGGAUGAAUAUGCUGCAAUUCUUGCUCAGCAAUCUACCGAAUCUGAAGAAGAGUUUAACCAAGACAGUAAAGAUGAAAUACAAGAGGCCAUCUCGUGGUAUAAUAGGAUUCUUGGUUUUCAUAUUGAAGGCGGACAUGGGGUAAAAUUCACAUUCAAGAACAUUUGUUCAAAAAAUCCAAAUCAGGAGUUCUCUUUCACUGUCCGCCAUGCAAAUGAUACUUACACAUUGUUAGAUUGUGAUCCGCACUUGAAUGAGAUCAAAGAGUUGAUUCGUGAAUUGAACAGAACCAAUGGAUUAUUUAAAUUUGUCAGAGAUAUGAGACUGAAGUUUCAAGAAGCUGCAGCUCAAGGAUUAACCGCUGUUCUUCCUCAAGACUCUUCCUCGAUUUCUGGGUCUGCUCCAGCUUUUUCAGUGUCAACUGAGAGAAGUGAAUCUGUGGCCAAGAUUGGUGAGCACCAAAUUCAAUAUGGAGAAGGUAAUAGCCAAUUCAAGAAACCUAACCAUGGAAAGGGGAGUAAAUAUGCACUCCUAUCUCCUAGGUCUGCAUCGUCUGUGCGUCGGUCUCCUCGUUUUAAGGUCAAGAAAUGA